AUGGGCUCCGUUCCCUCCGAAAAGACGAUCGAGCUGCACGGCCGAACCUACCACCUCCCAACCCGCCCCGUCGUAAUCGUCUGCGUCGACGGUUUCGACCCAACAUACCUGCAGGCCGGCAUCGAAGCCGGCAUACUCCCCACCAUGGCCCGCUGGGUGCAGAGCGGCUUCCACGCGACGGCCACCUGCGCCAUGCCGUCCGUCACCAACCCCAACAACCUGUGCAUCAUCACCGGCGUUCCGACGAGCGUGCACGGCAUUUCGGGCAACUAUUACCUUGACAAGGACAGCGGGGAGGAAGUGAUGGUUCUUGAUGCGUCGAAGAUGCGCGGGGAGACGAUUCUGGAGCGUAUGGCGAGGGCUGGGGUUCGGGUUGCUGCGAUUACGGCUAAGGAUAAGUUGCGGAGGAUCAUCAAUCAUGGUCUCGAGCCGGGGAAGGGGGGAGCAAUUUGCUUCUCGUCGCAGUUUGCGGAUCAGUGUACUGUUGAAGAGCAUGGGAUCUCUGAUGUUGAGGCCUGGCUGGGCAAGUCAACUCCGCCGCAGUAUUCUGGCGAGCUCUCGCUCUUCGUCCUCGAUGCGGGGUUGAAGUUGCUUCAGGAGAAACGCGCGGAUCUCUUCUAUCUCACGCUCUCGGACUACAUCCAGCAUAAGCAUGCGCCCGGCUCUGACGAGGCUGACGACUUCUUCCGCAAACUGGACGCUCGGCUGGGCGAGUUUGAACGACUUGGCGCUGUCGUCGCGGUGACUGGCGACCAUGGAAUGAGCGACAAGUCAGAUGACGAGGGCAAGCCCAACGCCUUCUUCCUUGAGGACUUUCUGAACGAGAAGUUCCCACAGUCGGGAGCAAGAGUAAUGUGUCCGAUUGCCGAUCCCUUCGUCAAGCACCACGGAGCACUCGGAGGUUUCGUUCGAGUGCAUCUCACUGGCACUGAUAAGUCGGCUCAAUUGGUGGAAGAGAUGAUCAGGCAGUGCCAACAGAUUCCACAGGUGGAAGUGGCGAUGAGUGGGAAAGAGGCAGCGGCCAAGUUCGAGAUGCCAGAGGAUCGUGAGGGAGAGUUGGUGGUGAUUGCACGAAGCAAUGCAGUCAUUGGGAGCAGAAAGGAAGCCCACGAUCUCAGCCAGCUGGACGGACAUCGUCUUCGCUCCCACGGUGGACUGUCAGAGCAACACAUCCCGCUGCUGCGCUCUGUCAAGGCGGACAUGCCGAUUGCGGGAAAGAGUCUCCGCAACUUUGAUGUCUUUGAUUUGGCGUUGAAUUAUUAG